UUCCUGCCGACAGCCCUUUCCGGUUGACAUCCCAGACUUGUCGGUCGCUCAGGAGCAGAGAGAGCAUUGCAUGCAUCGUGUGUUUAAUGACUGCUUGCACCUCCGGGUUACGCAUCCGCGAUCCAUUGCGCGAUACUCGACCAGAAAGACAUCCAAUCUUAUUCGUUACUACCUGACGCCACACGCCUUCCCAGAGAAAGUCCAGUCCUCGCCAAGAAAGAAAAUGAGUGCUAGCUAUCCUGAACGCCGAAGCGGCAGCGGCCAUGGAGGUCGUGGUAGUUUUGGAAGCCGUGGACUCGGGAGCGGCCUGCAGGCAAACCAGCAGCAGCAGCCUGUAGAUGAUUCUGGUAUCUACAGCCUACAGGAGAUCGAGAACCAUUUCCCGGGCAAUUGUCUUGCAUGGUUCUUUAUAGCAAUGCUAAUCCUCGCUGGGAUGCCGAUCAGAUCGUCUUUGCCAAGUCACGACUGGACUUGCUACCCGAAUAUACCGCCAAGAAAGCCGAGCAUGGCGAGUGGCAGGCCCCUGACUUUGUAGAGUUGGUUAGGUCUGCUAUGGAGAGAGAAGCUAUUGCCGCUGGCAAGAAGAACGACAGUAUGAAUGCCCCCCCCCAGCUUCGGAGAGAGCGCCUACUAAAGUUACUAAAGAGAAUAUGAACACCAAUUCGGCUGGCAACGAGGCCGAGGAGCCGGAGAAGGAGCAAAAUACUCAUCCGGGACAGACAUACGCUCGAGAGCCUGCUAUCUCCUUGCUCCCCUCCAUUGCGCCUAUCGACUACACCCCAACCUCCUCUGUACCCAUCGCCGUCUUUAAAGAACACCGUAGCUGCUAUCCGUCCCAUGGCACUACUGGCGGUGCCCGAUUUGCUUUCGUUGGCUGGUACACGGCGACUCGCGUCAAUAUUCUCUCGCCUCGCUCUGCCGAGCUUGUGCGAAUGCUGAAGCAGAAAUGGGAUCGACGGGACCGAUUCGGCAACAUUAUCAGCGGCGAGACGAGGGUUCGCGACACCGCUUCCUGGAAGACGUCGCUGGCCCAGGAGUGGGCAGUUGUCAAGUUUGAGAAGCUUCCUGGCGAGGGCAAGGGCGUGGGCCAGGCCCAGGCCCAGGCCCCAAGAUUGGUAGCCCCGUCCCCACCUGCGAUCGAGAAGCUGUCGCUGGCAGAGCCGAAUAUGGAGGAGAAGCGAGCGGAGGAGAAUACGAAAGAUCUAAACACGCCAGAGAUCCAGUAGCAGUCAGAGAGAAAGAAGGGCCAGUGCAACGCCAUGUGAGCGUUUGGAUGUCUGAACAUGCUGCUUGGAAGCCAUCUCCUCGGCUUUUUUUCCCAUCGUCGUCCCUUUCGCCAUUCAAUUCUAGAAAGGGUGACAGGGCUGAUAAGAAAAGAGAGAGGGUGUGAAAGGAAAGGGAAGAGGAAAGUAGGAGGAAGAAGGGGAGAAUGACCACACGGAAGCUGCGGCUCGCAGCGCAGUGCUGAGGAAGAUUUCACCGCCUCCCGAACCUGUUCAGCUGGUUCUUUUGCUGGAUUGUUAGGUCUUCAGGACAUGGGGAAAGGGAAAAUUGCGA